GCGAAUGCGAUUUUGGUUCAUUUUCAUUUGCAACCCCUUAAUUUUAAAAUUGCCGUUAAUUCCGAAAUAUAUAUAUUGCAUUAAAUUUGCAACAAAAGAAGUUCUUCUGUGGUGCACUAAGUAGAUGUGUGUAGCUCAUGUAGAACUAUUUUCUUUAAUUUGACUUCGUUUGUUACAAGUUAUUUUGCGCGGGAAGCCGGGAAUUGCCUCUAAAAUCUUGUAAUGAGAAUUUAACCUGAUUUUUUGAACCUUCAAGAUGACUGAUGCUUUGUGCCAUUUGGUUGUGGACGGCAACGAGGUAUUGGAACUAAAAUUAGUGAGGUCUCCAGACGAUAUUGAGGAUGAAGAAACCAGUUUUGCUCCAGAGAUGUGCCACCAAGUGUUUGGCGAAAACGAAAAUAUUUUCGGCUACACAGACUUGCGUAUACGGCUCUAUUACACUGCUGGGAGUCUUCAAACAUAUGUCGGAAUUGAAUACUCUGAAAAGAUUGAGCCCAGUAUUUCUGAAGGCAUGAAAGCUGAUGAUGUAGAAGGAGCUAUGAAAAAAAUCUUGGCACCUGGUUAUACAACAAAUUUGGACCAGUUUGUCUCACUGUUAGAAAAGGACAAAGCAUUCAGGCCAAUGGGAAAAAUGCUACAUUCCUUUACAGCCACUCCCCAUGACGGGGGAGACAAACAUACAUUUGAAGUGUACUUCUGUGACACAACCACGCCAGGCUUCCUCGCCUUCCAUGAGCGGCUGCAGACAUUCCUGCUGUGGUAUGUGGAUGCUGCCUCCUUCAUUGAUGUGGAUGAUGACCAGUGGACCUUCUUUACAGUUUUCGAGAAGUACCCUACGAGCGAGGGCGGGUACGCGUACGCGGCGGCGGGGUACGCGACGGUGUACCGCUACUACGCGUACCCCGCGCACGCGCGCCCGCGCGUGUCGCAGGUGCUCACGCUGCCGCCCUUCCGCAAGCUCGGCGUCUGCGCCAACCUGCUUACGGCCAUCUAUUCACACUUCGUAAUACUUCCAGAAGUAAUUGAUAUGACUGUAGAAGAUCCGUCAGAAGAUUUCCAGAGAAUCAGAGAUUAUGUAGAUUGCAAAAACUGUGAAACACUGCCAGCAUUUUAUCCAGCAAAGCUUUAUCAAGGGUUUUCGCCUGAGAUGGUGUCGCAGGCGUGCGCCAAGUUCAAGAUCAACAAGAAGCAGGUGCGGCGCGUGUACGAGAUCCUGCGCCUGCGCGCCACCAACACGUCCGACAAGGCGCAGUACCUGCAGUACCGGCUCGACGUCAAGAACAGGCUCAAUGCUCCCUUCCAGAAAAAGAAAUUAGAAAUGAAGAAGCUGGAGAAAGUGCUGAAACCGGAAGAGUACGCGGCGACGCUGAGCUCGCUGGGCGUGAACGAGACGCAGGGCCGCCUCGCCAGCCAGUACCUCGCGCUGGAGGCCGACUACCGCCGCGUGCUGCACCGCCUCGACCACGACUAACCGCCCCACACACGGCUGAACUAAUACACCUGCCUCAGGGGCCUAGCCGAGUAACAAUCGUUGAUGGAUAACGCCAAUAGAAACUUAAAUAAUGUAUGGGAACGAUGACGUGAGCCGGUGGCGGAGCGUACUAACUUUGCCGUAGGCGAAAUCGCAUAAGCGAGGCCCUUUUCUUUCAAUGUGUGUUCCCCCGUUAAUAACAAGGGUUGCCUCCCGCGGGGCCACCUUAAGUACGAGGCCGUGGGUGAGGAACCGCUUCGUGACUCCGUCAUGUCGAUAGGUACAUGUUUUCAAUCAGCUUUGGUCGAUAAACGAUUCUCGUCUGGGCUACGGCCCCAUGAAUGAGACAUACUCGCAGUUCGUGAUUAUCAAAUGCGAAAUCUUUCAUUUACUAUUUACGACUAUUAGUUCAGUUGUUUUUGGUUUAACAAAAAUGUCCAAAAAUUCAUGUCUAAUAUUAGUAAUAAUAAUGAUGUAAUGUAUCCAGUAUGAGUUAGUAUUUUAGUGAUUUUUUUAUAUCAUUUUAUGUAAAGACGCAGUCAGAUCUUUAUGAGAUGUAAAAUGAUCAAAUGUUGAACAGCAUGAAGAAUAGGAAUUUCGACCCUUAAUUAAACAUGAUAGCAGGGAUUAGGAUAGGAUAUCGAAAUGCAUGAGUUGAAAUGUUAAUAUUGGUUAAGAUAAAUAAUGACUGUAAUUGGUAUUAGUGUGUAGCUUUCCCUCGGAGCUGGUUUCUUUUUAUUUUUAUGGAAAGCUAGACUAGUCAUUUAUUAUGGAAUUGCACACUUAAAAUGUAAUCACCUCUUUGA